AUGCUGAGCGGGGUGUUCAAGCCUGCGGCGUACAUCCCACACAAAGGUGCACCACGUGCGGCCUCGGGUGUGGGUCGCGUGACGAUGAAAGACGCGAACAGUGACAAAGGUGACCGACUUGUGCUUUGGGACAUCGCCCAUGUUCGUCUCGUGAGCGACUGGAAACCACUUCCUGCGGCAGCAGCACCUUCAGCGAAUGCGAAUGAUAGUGCAGCUUACGACGACAACGACCAGUUCUACGCUUCCAAGAGACCUCCGCACGUGGUGCACUCACAAGAUGAUGAAGACCCGGACGACGGCGAUGAGGACGAAUACGAUGGUCAUGACUGCGGCGACAUCGGUAGUUCCGGCGGCGGCGAUCACUGGGUCGGGGCAGGGGGCGAGGCCGGGGGUGCGGGGGGCGGACCAGGCGGUGGGGGAGGCGGAGUCGGGAGCGGGGGAGGUGGAGCCGGGAGCGGGGGAGGCGGAGCCGGGAGCGGCGGUGAUGUCGACAUGGAUUACUGGGUAGGUAACGGGGAGUCUGCGCUGAAGGUUCGCCUGGAUAUCUUCCACGCACUCCAACGCGUUUCAAAGCUGUGCAAGAAGAGCCACGGCGCCUUCAGGCCCUUCAUGGCUCGACUGAGAGAUGCUUGCUUCAUUGUCAACCUGGAUGACAUCAAAGAGGCAAGUGCUGUAGAGCAGGCCCUUGCCGGCAAGGGAAUGACACCAGAAGCCGUUGUUGAGUACAAGGACAAGAACUGGACGUUCUUCGUUCGGAAUUGUCGGCGGCUGGUGCCGGAGCAGAAACGAUUGCUCGAGCGCUUCAAUUUGGUGAUUCGUCAGUUCCAGGACGUAGUCGAUGCGAAAUCUGGAGAAACACUUCUUCGGCCGUGUGCGAGGCAGGCCGUCGAACUGCUCCGCAAGCAUAUCGAAAGUGGCUGCCUGAGCGACCCUGAACGUGUGCCAUUGUACUACACUAAAUCAGCGGGGAUCACGACUCGUCGCUGCGUUCGAGGCACCAACUGCACCGAGGGUUAUCAUCGCUACCUUCGCAGGCUGCUCUCAACUUACUGCGCGUCUCCUUCACUGGCUCACUCCGUUCUUCUCGAGUUCAACUACCGUUGGAAUGUUAGGAUGGCUGUGAAGAACCGCGGCCUACCAAGGGAGGUUGGGGAGUUCUUCGAUCAAUUCGAGAUUGAGAUAAUUCAACGAGAGACUGCUAGCUGGUACCCAGACAGCCCCUUGUUUCCUGAAUGGGUCUCUGCGCUUGACGCAGCAGACACUGGUGAGCAGAGCGGCCUUUCUGAGAGCCUGUGGGGGCCUGCCAGUGGUGGGGACGUACCGAGCGAGCCUAGCGAUCUUGUUGACGAGCAAGGGUUGGCCCAAAACGCCGUACCAAUGCCAAAGCUCACGCAUUCUGCGAAGAAGUACGCCCAAAUGAUGCAUGCCGGCAUGCCGGUCACGCCCGUUCAUACUGGAGCAGAGAAACGAAAUUUUGCGAGCGAGCUGAACAGCCAACUCUAUUUGCCGGGGCAGCCAGAGGGGAGGAAUGAGAAGUACCAAAACAUCAACUUUGAUGCCUGGGCCGGAGCAUGGAACCAGCAUUGUGCCAAGAUCGAGUCUGGUCUUGUGGAGUUUGAAGCAGUGUAUCGUAAAACCUCAGGUCAGCUGCAGUCGUACCACCAAAAGUUCCUUGAACGUGCUAACGCUCAAUUUACGAUGUUGCCUUUGCGCAAUCAGCAUUCAGCGCUGCGUGUGCACCUACAGGAAGGUGAAGAGGGUGCGGCUUUUGGUGAUUUAGUCGGUGUCAGUGUCCCCCUUGCUGUUCCACGGAGUGUGGUCGUUGCAGGAGGGGGUGCUGCGGGUGGGGAAGACUUGAGGGAAGAUGAUUCAGAGAUGGUGGACGUUGGUGAUGACGAUGAGGAUGGCAUUGGUGGUGGCGGCUUUGACGUUGGUGGAGGUGGGAUUGAGGUACAAACCCAAGCAAAGGGGAAGAAACGCAAGGGGCCCCCGCGGGAGCCGCAGAUUUGCACAACUUGCGGCCACCGCAAACAGCAAGGCUCGUACAAGAGCGCGCACGCUCACCCGCGAAACAAGUUGGGGAGCCCGCCUUGCAGUGUGCCACCAGGAGAGCGUCGGCCGGAGAGUAAGAGAACAGGAAGGCUUCAGCGGGGGCAGAAGUUGUUCGGCCGGUGUGAUUGUGCGAAGUGUUGCUCAGCGGAUGGUUGAAAAUAUGGUGCGUGUGUGUUUGGGUUUCGGUAUGGCAUUUAGUACCAGUAGUGAGUAAGUGCACAAUGAAGUGUGUGACGGUAUUGUCCGGGAUAUUUGGGCGAAGUUCCGAACACCAUUUAUUGCGGGUGAUCCCUUGGAAACAACAAUACUUGUAGUU